GUGCUGGGCGUGGUGACACCUUAAUUGUGCUGGAGGGGAGACAGCAACAAUUUUCCAAACAUGGAGGAUUUUGAGGUUACAAUUUCUGUCUCUGACAGAGACAUCAAGAUGUUAGAAACCGUGGAGGAUAUUCAGAAUCGCCGCGAAGAGGUUCUUAAAAGAUAUUCUGAGUUUAAAGCAGCUACAAUCGCGAGGCGUAAGCGAUUGGAAGACGCGAAACGCUACUAUCAAUUCAAAAGAGAUGCCGAUGAAGUGGAAGCUUGGAUUAACGAAAGAUUGCAGAUUGCAACAGAAGAGUCUUACAAAGACCCAACUAACUUACAAGUAAAGCUACAGAAACAUGCUGCAUUUGAAGCUGAAAUUCAAGCUAACAAAUAUAUGCUGGAUGGGAUUGAUGCAAUUGGAAAUAAAAUGGUUGAAGAUGGCCAUGGCCAGUCUGAAUAUGUUGUGGCAAGACUUGAAGAACUUCACAGGCUAUGGAACCUGCUACUGCAAAAGUCAGGUGAAAAGCAAAGGAUGCUCAUUUUCACACAGAGGAGAGUGAAUUUUGUCUUGGAAGUCAAUGAAAUCAUAUCUUGGAUUGUUGAAAAGGAAAACCUUUGCAACAUGCAAGAACAUAUAAGAGAUCUUGAACAUGUUGAGGUCCUGCAGAAGAAAUUUGAUGAUUUUCAGAAGGAAAUUGCAGCCAAUGAAUCGCGGAUUACUGAGGUUAAUGAAACUGUUGUUCAGCUAGAGCAAGACAACCAUCCUGAAAUAGAUGUAAUACUUGAAAAGCAGAAAGAGCUCAUUAAUGCUUGGGAAAGUCUUUUAGCUUCAUCACAGAAAAGAAAGACAGACCUUAGCACAGCUUAUGAAAUUCAUCAUUUUUACCGUGAAGCAGAUGAAACAAUGGGCUGGAUCACAGAAAAGCAGGCAAAGCUGGCAACAGAUGAUAUUGGGAAGGACCUUGUUGGUGUCACAACUCUACAAAGGAAACAUGAAGUUUUGGAAAGGGAUCUGGCAGCUCUUUCUAAUAUGGUUCAUAAUUUGAGCGAUGAUGCAGAUCAAUUAAAAGAGAAACAUCCAGAAUUUGAAGAACCAAUUGAAGCCAAGCAAACUGAACUUGAUGAGCACUGGGUGAAGCUCAAUUCCAGGGCAGGGGAAAGAAAAUCCCGUCUCAAUGAUUCAUAUCUUUACCAAAAGUUCAUAGCAGAGUACAGGGAUUACGUAACGUUUAUAAGUGAAAUGCGAGUUUUGGUAACAUCUGACGAGCUUGCAAAAGACGUUGCUGGAGCGAAAGCCUUGUUAGAACGACACCAGGAGCACCAGGGCUACAUUGAUGCCUCUGAAGGGGGUUUCAACAGCACUGUAGAGCUUGGCACAAAAUUGGUGGAUGAAGACCAUUAUGCUAAGGAGGAUAUAAAUGAAAAGUUAGCAACCCUUGAUGCAGAGAAAAGGGCCCUCAUGGAGUUGAUGGAAAAGCGAAAGCUGGAAUUUGAACAGUGUAUGGAUUUCCAGAUAUUCCAAAGAGACUGUUCCCAAAUGGAUGUGGUCAUUGCCAAACAAGAGACAUUCGUUUGCCAAGAACCGAUGAUUGAAUCUGUGGAGGCUGUUGAAACGCAUUCAAAGAAACAUGACGAUUUUGAAAAUGUCUUUGUUGCACAAGAAGAAAAACUCAAGGCCAUCGAUGAGUUUGCGACGAAAAUGCUUUCCAGUGACCAUUAUGCUGCAGAUGAGCUCCAACGCCGAAUUGACACUUUGAAGCAAAAGCGCCAGGCCAUUGUGGAGAAAUCAACAGAAAGGAAAACAAAGAUUGGUAAAUCUUCGCAGUAUCAGAAUUUCGAAAGAGAGGUCGAUGAAACGAAAACGUGGUUAGCGGAGAAAUUGAAAGUAGCAACUGAUGAAUCAUACAGGGACCCAACAAAUCUGCAAGGGAAAAUCCAGAAGCAUCAGGCAUUUGAGGCUGAACUUGAAGCCAACGAAAGCCGUAUCGUUGCCAUUGCAACAAAAGGUCAAGAAAUGAUCGAUGCUGGCCACGAGAAAUCCGAAGAUAUUCAAGCCAAGAUUGAUGAUGUCAACGAAAGUUGGGCACUUCUUAAAGAAAAAACUCAAGAAAAGGGCCAACGGUUGAAGGAAGCCAAGGAAGAACAACAGUUCAACAGAACGUGCGAGGAUUUAGAAUUAUGGCUGUCAGAAACAGAAGGCCACCUUGCUUCUGACGACCUUGGCAAAGAUCUUACUAGCGUGAAAAACCUCCAAAAGAAGCACAGUUUGUUAAUAGCUGAUGUUGAAGCACACAAGGAUCGAAUCGAAGCAGUCCAGAAUCAAUGCGAAAACUUUGUUGCCGCAGAUCAUUUUGAUUACCCUGUAAUCCAAGCUAGAGAACAAGCCUUAUCUGAAAGGUACAAUAAUCUCACAGAACCCGCGGAAAAGCGCGCUAAGAUCCUCGAAGAUUCGCAGAAAUUUCAAAAGUUCCUGCAUGACGUUGAAGAUGAGAAGACGUGGAUUAACGAGAAGGAGCCAGUUGCCUCAUCUCUUAACACAGGUCGUGACUUGAUUGGUGCCCAGAAUUUACUGAAAAAGCACAAUGCUUUGGUGAAUGAGCUCAACGGUCAUGAACCAAGAAUUGAAGCUGUCUGUCAAAAUGGCCAAGAAAUGGUCAAUGAAGAGCAUUUUGCAAGUGAGGAAAUUAGAGACAAAUGCGACGAUUUAAACAACCACUGGCAAGACCUUCUGGAAAAAGCUACAAGCCGGAAGAAGGACCUCGAGGACUCCGUCCAGACGCAGCAGUAUCUUUCUGAAGCAAGCGAAGCCGAAUCGUGGCUGUUGGAGAAAGAGCCAAUUGUUUGCAGCACUGAUUACGGCAAAGACGAGGACACUGCCCAGGCGAAGCUGAAAAAACACGAAGCUUUGAUUUCUGAUCUAGAAGCAUUUAAUACCGUAAUUGAAGGACUGAGGGAACAGAGUUUGCAGUGCAAGCCAUUGAUACAGCAAGGCGAUCUAUCUGGCAAGGAAUGCGUUGUUGCCCUGUACGAUUAUGACGAGAAAACGGCACGAGAAAUCUCCAUCAAAGAAGGACAAGUUUUAACUCUUCUUAACAGCGAUAACAGAGAAUGGUGGAAAGUUGAAGCUGACGAUCGCCAAGGAUUUGUUCCUGCAUCAUUCUUGAAAAAAAUUGAUGCCAAAAGUGCAUCGCAAGACCUGCUUUCUAAAAUCCCAACUGCUGACACGAUUACAGAUAGACAAGCUGCUAUCGACAAACUGUAUGCUGAACUAAUAUCAAAAGCUCAAGAAAGGCAUCUGAAACUUGAAGAAUCGAUUAAACAACAUGGAAUGCUUCGAGAGGCCAAAGAAGUUGAAUCGUGGAUUCAGGACAAGGAAGCUGUGGUAACCUGUGAAGAGGUUGGGAAAGACAUGGACCACGUUGAAGGGCUGCAGAAAAAUUAUGACGAAUUCAAAAAGGACAUGAUAACACAAGAAACAAGGAUAAGGGAGCUUCAGAUCUUGUGUGCGCAGCUCAAAGAGCAGAAGUCAUCUGAGUAUGAACGUGUACAGGAAAUCCUGCAGGCAAUCACUGAGAGAUGGGAACAAAUGCAGAUAUUUGCUGAAGAAAGAAGGCUGGCGUUGGAAAGUGCCGGAGAGAUUCAACGUUUUAACAGAGAUGCUGAUGAUACUCAAGCCUGGAUUAUCGAAAAGGAUGUUGCUUUGUCAUCAACCGAUUAUGGGCGUGACUUGGCCAGUGUGCAAGCUUUACAGAGAAAACACGAGGCCCUUGAAAGAGAUUUGGCUGCUUUGGAAGAAAAGGUUCGAGCCUUAAAUCUUGAAGCAGAGAAAUUGAAGUCCACGCAUCCUGGCUCAGCUGAAACAGUUGAGUCUAAAUUUAACGAGUUGCAUUCAGCCUGGGCAACGUUAUCUCAGAAGGCGGCCAUGAGGAAGAAGAACCUAAAUGAAUCGUAUGCCUUACAGAAGUACUUGAAUGACUACAGAGAUUUAUUGUCAUGGAUAAACAGCAUAUACGCUUUGGUAACUUCUGAGGACUUGGCAAGAGAUGUAGCCGAAGCCGAAGCAUUGCAAGACAGGCAUCAGGAACACCGAAUGGAAAUCGACUCAAAAUCGCCAGUUUUCGAUGCUUUUGAACAGUUCUCUUCCGAACUUGAUGCAAAUGAUCACCCAGCAAAAGAUGAGAUUCAAGAAAAGCUGCAAGAAAUCAGAAAUGACAGGCAGAAACUUGAAAAUGCAUGGGAGAAGCGGAGGAAAAUUCUUGAUGACUGUAUGGAGGAGCAGUUAUUUAUUCGUGAUGCUGAGAUGGCAGAAACAUGGAUGGCUGCGAGGGAGUCUGUUCUGAUGAGUGAAGAUGAUGGCGGGUCAGCUGAUGCGCUUUUGAAAAAACACCACGACUUUGAGCGAGCUUUGAAUGCACAGGAAGAAAAGGUCUCAAACUUGCAGAAGAAUGCCGAUAAACUUAUUGAAGCUGAGCAUUAUGAUUCCGAGGCAAUCGCUGCCAGAAUACAGGCCGUUCUUGCAAGAUGGGCAACUUUGAAAGAAGCUUUGGUUGAGAAGCGUUCUAAGCUUGGAGAGUCUCAGAACCUGCAGCAGUUUAUAAGAGAUGUCGAUGAUGUUGAAGGUUGGAUUAGCGAGAAAAUGCAGACCGCUUUGGAGGAGUCGUAUAAAGAUCCCAGUAAUAUCCAGGGUAAAGUACAAAAGCAUCAAGCAUUUGAAGCUGAAAUUGCCGCCAAUGAAGAUAGAGUUAUGGGCGUCAUCAACGUAGGAAAAGGUUUGCUUGAAAACGGAAAAUGUCAAGGCAACGAGGAGACAGUUCGAUACAAGAUAACAACUAUCGAGGAAUCAUGGACAACACUGAUCAGAACUUGUAAGGUGAAGACUCAGAAGCUGCAGGAAGGCAGUCAACAACAGUCGUUCUACAGCAGUGUCAAGGACAUGGACUUUUGGCUUGGCGAGGUCGAAACAGCCUUGUCAUCUGAAGACUAUGGCAAGGACCUGGCAAGUGUGCAGAAUUUGUUGCGAAAGCACCAGCUCAUUGAAGUGGACAUUUCUGCUCAUGAGGAACGAAUAACAGUCCUGACCAAUCAAUGUGAGCAUUUCAUUAAAAUCGAACAUUUUGAUGCUGUGAGAAUAAAAGAGAAGCACGAGACAAUUGUCCGAAGAUUUGAAAAGAUAACUGUGAUGCGAACAACUCGACGCUCAAAGCUGGAACAAUCACUUUCACUUCACCAGUUCUACCGUGACAUUGAUGAUGAAGAGUCGUGGAUUAAGGAAAAGAAGCUUUUGGUCAGCUCUCAAGACUUUGGCAAAGACCUUACUGGGGUGCAAAAUCUCAGACGCAAACACCAAAGGCUUAUAACUGAACUCAAAGCUCACGAGCCAGUUAUAAUGGGUGUUGUCGAAACGGGUCGAAAGUUUAUUGCAGAAAAUGAUCCGAAUGAAGAAGAAAUCAAAGCAAGGUCACAAAGUUUGCUUGAAAAAUGGGAAGAUCUGAACAAAAUGGCGGAUGAAAGAUCAAAACGACUGGAUGAAUCAGAGGCCUUCCAGCAAUUGUGUGCUAAUAUUGAUGAAGAAGAAUCUUGGAUUGCAGAGAAGAGGGCUUUCGUUUCAAGUGAUGAUUAUGGCGAUACUCUCGCAGCUGUACAGACCCUUCAAAAGAAACAUGAAGCAUUUGAAAGUGAUCUUGAAGUUCAUAAGCAGAGAGUAGCUGAUAUCCGCUCGGUCGGAGAGAAGCUGAUCGCUGAAGAUAAUUUCAAAGGAGAUCAAAUCAAGAAAAGAAUUGACAUUCUUCAGAGCAAGCUGGAAGACCUUGAAUCGCAAGCAGACACCCGCAAAAACAAGCUCAAUGACAACUCAGCAUUUUUGCAGUUCAACUGGAAGGCCGACGUUGUUGAAUCUUGGAUAGAUGACAAGGAAGUGUUUGUUAAAUCUGAUGACACUGGAAAAGACCUUCCACAUGUUCAAACCCUCAUCACCAAACAGGACACAUUUGAAGCUGGCUUGCAAGCAUUCGAACAUGAAGGCAUCGCACGUGUCACAAGUCUGAAAGACGAAUUGGUCAAAUCAGAGCAUGAACAGUCACGUGCCAUCAUUCAGAGACAUGACAAUCUUUUGAGCAGAUGGGAACAGCUUUUGGCUGAUGGAAGGCAUCGCAAAGAGCAACUUAUGGAGGUCGAGAGGCAAUACCAAAAGAUUGAAGAUUUGUGCCUGCUGUUUGCCAAGAAGGCCUCCGUGUUUAGCAGUUGGUAUGAAAAUGCAGAAGAGGAUUUGACAGACCCGGUUCGCUGCAACUCGAUUGAAGAAAUCAAGGCCCUCCUCGAUGCCCACACGGUUUUCAGAGAAACUUUAAACCAGACGAAAAAAGACUUCAGUGAAUUGUUAGAGCUUGACCAGCAGAUCAAAAGCCGUGGUGUCACCAUAAAUCCCUAUACAUGGUUUACCCUUGAUUCACCUGAAGAAACCUGGCAUAAUCUAGAGGUCAUCAUAAGGGAAAGAGAGAACAAGCUAGAGAAAGAAUCGAGAAGGCAAGAUUAUAACGAUGAACUGAGGGUUGAGUUUGCUGAUCGCGCCAACAAGUUCCACAAAUUCCUCACUGAAACAAGAACAUCAAUGGUUGAAAUAUCUGGUGACUUAGAGGAUCAACUCAAAUUCUUCAAGGAGAGAUCUGCCGAGAUCAAAGAACGCAAAGAUGAUCUCAGUGAGAUAGAAGACCUUGGAGCCCAAAUGGAAGAACAACUGAUCCUUGAUAACAAGUACACAGAGCACAGCACUGUGGGAUUGGCACAACAAUGGGACCAACUGGAUCAGCUUUGCACCAGAAUGCAGCGCAAUAUUGAACAGCAAAUCCAGGCAAGAAACAGAACGGGGGUUUCAGAAGAGACACUCAAAGAGAUCACACUCAUGUUCAAGCACUUUGAUAAGGACAAGACUGGGUAUUUGGAGCACCGGGAAUUCAAAUCCUGUCUACGGUCUCUUGGUUAUGAUCUUCCAAUGGUUGAAGAAGGUGAAACUGACCCAGAGUUUGAUGCCAUCCUAGCUACAGUCGAUCCAAAUGGGGAUGGAAAGGUUUCAAUGAACGAGUAUAUUGCAUUCAUGAUCAGCAGAGAGACAGAGAAUGUCCAUUCUGCAAAGGAGGUUGUCGAUGCAUUCAAGGCGAUCACAGAGGGUGGUGCCAAACCAUAUGUGACUGAGGAGGAGCUUUACCAGGCCUUGACUGCAGAGCAAGCAGAGUAUUGCAUGUCACUCAUGCAGCCAUAUAUUGAUCCUAAGAGACGGGAGAUACCUGGCGCAUUUGAUUACGAAAGUUUCUGCGGCGAUCUCUUUGUUGCUUGACAUUUUGACUUGAUAUAUCUAAACUUAUAUCUAUACCUUAUUAUUACGUUACGUUCAAGGUAUUUUCUCAUAUUACAUAAUAUACUCUGUUAGUUAACCAAGAUACUAAGAAGUUGAGCUGUAUUUUAUGUUUUAAAAAGUUGUUUUAUUGCUUUUAUCAAGUUACCUUC